AUGACAAAUGAUAAUGGCUCUGGUUGGGUUCCAGUGCUGGAGGAGUACACAUUUCAGCCUAAUUCUGCACCCUUCAUGAACUGUCACGCUUCUACCAUCGUUGAGGUUGGUAAAGAUCACUUUUUACUUGCUUAUUAUGCUGGAACAGUAGAGGGUGCUCCGGAUGUUAAAAUUUGGAUGCAGACAUAUAAGGAUGGCAUUUGGCACCCUCCAGUUAUUGCUGAUGAAGAACCCAAUGUCCCAAUGUGGAAUCCUGUAUUAUUCAAGCUUCCUACAAACGAGUUGUUACUGUUCUAUAGAAUUGGGCAGGAUAUUCAGAGAUGGAGUGGAUUCAUGAAACGAUCUUAUGAUGGGGGAGUCAUUUGGCAGGAGAGAGAACAGCUUCCUCCUGGUAUAUUAGGACCAAUAAAAAAUAAGCCUUUCUUGCUGGAAAAUGGGAUCCUGCUCUGUGGAUCUUCUAUAAAUAGUUGGAACUCCUUGGGUGCUUGGAUGGAGAUCACUCCAGAUGCCGGGAAAUCCUGGAAAAAGUAUGGGCCGAUAUACAUUGAGAACAAGCCUCUCGCUGUGAGUCAACCAGUGCCUUACGUGACUGCAAAGGGAACCUGGCGCAUGCUGAUGAGAUCUAACAACCAUGGCAGAGUUUACAUGUCAGAGUCCAGAGAUGGAGGUCAUAGCUGGAGCUUUGCACAGCCUACUGAACUGCCAAACCCAAAUUCAGGAAUUGAUGGUGUGAAGCUGAGAGAUGGGCGUGUGUUGCUGGCAUAUAACACAGACUCAAGGGCUGUCCUUAAAGUUGCUAUAUCUGCAGAUGAUGGAGACUCCUGGUGCGAGGUCUCAACACUGGAAAACACACCAGGAAUGGAGUUUUCUUAUCCAGCGGUUAUCCAGACCAGUGAUGGUCUAGUUCAUAUCACCUAUACAUAUAAGAGGAUACAAGUUAAGCAUGUUGUCCUUAAUCCCAACGGAGAGAAUGCAGAGAUGUGA